UGGGGAACAGAGGGAGGGCAGCUAGGGUUCUAGGACUUUGCCCUUGACCCGAAGGUAUAAACAGGAGGGUCCCAGUUCCUUCCCCAAGCUCCUGAGCAGAAGCUGUCACAACCUCCGGCCUCCUGACACACAGGACCCACUGUGGGAACCCAGCAUGAUGCCCUAUGGAGAGAGGCUGGGAGGGCCAGCUGUCUCUCCCCUUCCAGUCCGUGGGGGGCACGUGGUGCAUGGGACAGCCUUUGCCUAUGUGCCCAGUCCACAAGUUCUGCACAGGAUUCCAGGGACAUCCACCUAUGCCUUCUCCAGUCUGAGUCCAGUGGCUCUCACAGAACACAGCUGUCCCUAUGGGGAGGUCAGGGAGUGUCAUGACCCACUACCUGUCAAGCUUGCCCUGGAAGAGGAGCAGAAGCCAGAACCUAGGCUGGCCCGGAAACUGCUCCAGGCUGUUAUGAAGCUCCUCAAAGUCCCUCUGAUGUUGACCUUCCUCUACCUCUUUGUCUGCUCCCUGGACGUGCUCAGUUCAGCCUUCCAGCUGGCUGGAGGGAAGGUGGCUGGUGACAUCUUCAAGGACAAUGCCAUCCUGUCCAACCCGGUGGCGGGGCUGGUGGUAGGGAUCCUGGUGACUGUGCUGGUACAGAGCUCCAGUACCUCCACCUCCAUCAUCGUCAGCAUGGUCUCCUCUGGCUUGCUGGAGGUGAGCUCGGCCAUCCCCAUCAUCAUGGGCUCCAACAUCGGAACCUCUGUCACCAACACCAUCGUGGCCCUGAUGCAGGCAGGGGACAGGACUGACUUCCGGCGGGCCUUUGCAGGGGCCACGGUGCACGACUGCUUUAACUGGCUAUCUGUUCUGGUCCUGCUGCCCCUGGAGGCCGCCACCGGCUAUUUGCACCACAUCACCGGACUCGUGGUUGCCUCCUUCAACAUCCGCGGUGGCCGUGAUGCCCCCGACCUUCUCAAGAUCAUCACGGAACCCUUCACGAAGCUCAUCAUCCAGCUGGACAAGUCUGUGAUCACCAGCAUUGCUGUGGGGGAUGAGUCCUUGAGGAACCACAGCCUCAUCCGGGUUUGGUGCCACCCAGACUCAACAGAGGCUUCCAUGUCCAUGUCCAAGGCAGAGACCAACUUCAGCAAGACCUUUGUGAAUGCCACCAUGGAAAAAUGCAACCACAUCUUCGUGGACACUGGGCUGCCUGACUUGGCUGUGGGACUCAUCCUGCUGGCUGGCUCCCUGGUGGUCCUGUGCAGUUGUCUCAUCCUCCUUGUCAAGAUGCUCAACUCUCUGCUCAAGGGCCAGGUGGCCAAGGUCAUCCAGAAGGUGAUCAACACAGACCUCCCAGCACCCUUCACCUGGGUCACGGGCUACUUUGCCAUGGUGGUGGGCGCCGGCAUGACCUUUGUUGUCCAGAGCAGUUCUGUCUUCACCUCAGCCAUCACUCCACUCAUCGGACUGGGUGUGAUCAGCAUCGAGCGGGCCUACCCUCUCACACUGGGCUCCAACAUUGGUACCACCACCACAGCCAUCCUGGCAGCACUGGCCAGCCCCAGGGAGAAGCUAUCCAGCUCCUUCCAGAUCGCCCUCUGCCACUUCUUCUUCAAUAUCUCGGGCAUUCUGCUGUGGUACCCGCUGCCCUGCACGCGCCUGCCCAUCCGCAUGGCCAAGGCGCUGGGGAAGCGCACCGCCAAGUACCGCUGGUUUGCCGUCCUCUAUCUUCUCGUGUGCUUCCUGCUUUUGCCCUCGCUGGUGUUUGGCAUCUCUAUGGCAGGCUGGCAGGCCAUGGUGGGUGUGGGGGCACCUUUUGGGGCCCUGAUGGUCUUCGUGGCACUUGUCAAUGUCCUGCAGAGCCGAAGUCCUGGGCGCCUGCCCACGUGGCUGCAGACGUGGGACUUUCUGCCCCGUUGGAUGCAUUCCCUGCAGCCCUUGGAUGGUCUCAUCACGCGUGCCACCUUGUGCUACGCCAGGCCUGAGCCCCGCUCGCCUCAACUGCCUCCCAGAGUCUUCCUGGAAGAGCUACCCCCUGCCACACCCUCCCCACGUCUUGCACUGCCUGCCCAUUACAAUGCCACCCGCCUCUAGACCACGGGCCCAGACUAUUACCUGGGAGCAGGAGAAGUCCACUCAUAGAAUAGAGGGGUGUGUGUGUGUGCAUGCCUAAACCUUGGGAAGUACGCAUAAUUCUGUGUCACUGUUGGGAGCCUGGUCCUUAGGCAGGGCAAUAGAGGUCUGGGCUUUUGUGCCCGAGAGGCAGUGUGCAUGAAGGCUGAGUCUGUGCAGAAGCCGAUAUUUGUGUACAUGCGCAUUGGCCCAUGCACAGGGACAGACACGUCUGUGGGCGGCUGUGUGCAAGUUGCAGUAGGUAUUAUUUUGGUCUCUUUAUGUUUGCGUUACAAGACAUGAGCUUGAGUCCUUGUGUACGCAGGCUACAACAGGCAGGAGUAAGGGUGGCUCUGAAUUAGUGACUAUGUAGCCGUUUGAUUAUGCCUAGAUAUGAGUGCUUGAGUCACUGACUAAAUUCUGUCCCUCCCUCCCAUCUUCUUUCUCCACGCCAGCCUCCUCAUCCUCACCAAGGGCUUCAGCACCAAGCCUGUGGCCCUCUUUCCCAAUCCUGCUUGAUGAAAAACAGAAAGGAAUUAAACUGUCGUUAUGUAUCUGGA